AUGUGUGGAGGAACUCCACUGAUCGUGAGUGGCACCAACCUGGCAACCAUCCGGGAGCCCAAGAUGAGGGCCAAGUACGGCACCGCAGAGUCCUUCCACAACUGCACGGUGUUCAACAACUCUGUGAUGGUGUGUCUGGCUCCGUCGGUAGCCGACUCCGAGCGAGGAUUCCCGGAGACGGGCAGCGGGCCGGACGAGAUCGGCUUCUUCAUGGACAACGUGCACGCGCUGAUGGUGGUGAACGAGACCUUCAGCUACUACCCUGACCCCGUGUUCGAACCACUCAGCCCCACCGGCAUACUGGAGCUCAAGCCCACCUCACCCCUCAUCCUCAAGGGGCGUAACCUGGUGCCGGCGGCUCCUGGCAACCCCAGGCUGAACUACACGGUCUUCAUCGGGGAGACGCCCUGCGUACUGACCCACUCGGAGAGCCAGCUGCUGUGCGAAUGGCCCAACCUCACCGGCCAGCACAAAGUCACGAUCCGUGCGGGCGGGUUCGAGUACUCCCCCGGCUCGCUGCAGAUCUACUCCGACAGCCUGCUCACGCUGCCCGCCAUCAUCGGCAUCGGAGGGGGCGGCGGCCUGCUCCUAUUGGUCAUCAUCGCCGUGCUCAUCGCCUACAAGAGGAAGUCGCGCGACGCCGACCGCACCCUCAAACGCCUGCAGCUGCAGAUGGACAACCUGGAGUCGCGAGUGGCCCUGGAGUGCAAAGAAGCGUUUGCGGAGCUCCAGACGGACAUCCAUGAGCUGACGCAGGAGCUGGACGGCGCGGGCAUCCCCUUCCUGGACUACCGUACGUACGCCAUGAGGGUGCUGUUCCCCGGCAUCGAGGACCACCCCGUACUCAAGGAGAUGGAGGUGCAGGCUAACGUGGAGAAGGCCUUGACGCUGUUCGGCCAGCUGCUGACCAAGAAGCACUUCCUGCUGCUCUUCAUCCGCACGCUGGAGGCGCAGCGCUCCUUCUCCAUGCGCGACCGUGGCAACGUGGCCUCGCUCAUCAUGACGGCGCUGCAGGGGGAGAUGGAGUACGCCACCGGGGUGCUCAAGCAGCUGCUCUCAGACCUCAUCGACAAGAACCUGGAGAGCAAGAACCACCCCAAGCUACUGCUGCGCAGGACGGAGUCUGUUGCUGAGAAGAUGCUCACCAACUGGUUCACCUUUCUGCUCUACAAGUUUCUGAAGGAGUGUGCGGGGGAGCCUCUGUUCAUGCUGUACUGUGCCAUGAAGCAGCAGAUGGAGAAGGGCCCCAUCGACGCCAUCACGGGCGAGGCGCGCUACUCCCUGAGCGAGGACAAGCUCAUCCGGCAGCAGAUCGACUACAAGACCCUGACUCUCCAUUGUGUGAACCCGGAGAACGAGAGCGCUCCCGAGGUGAUGGUGAAGUGUCUGAAUUGUGACACCAUCACGCAGGUGAAAGAGAAGCUGCUGGAUGCCGUCUACAAGGGAAGCCCCUAUUCCCAGAGGCCCAAGGCUGGGGACAUGGACCUGGAGUGGCGUCAGGGCAGGAUGGCUCGCAUCAUUCUGCAGGACGAGGACGUGACCACCAAGAUUGAUAACGACUGGAAACGCUUGAACACCCUCGCCCACUAUCAGGUUACAGACGGAUCAGCCGUCGCCCUCGUGCCAAAGCAGAACUCAGCCUACAACAUCUCCAACUCCUCAACCUUCACCAAGUCCCUCAGCAGAUACGAGAGUAUGCUUCGGACGGCCAGUAGUCCAGACAGCCUGCGCUCGCGGACGCCCAUGAUCACGCCGGACCUGGAGAGCGGCACCAAGCUCUGGCACCUGGUGAAGAACCACGACCACUCGGACCAGCGCGAGGGCGACCGCGGCAGCAAGAUGGUCUCCGAGAUCUACCUGACACGCCUGCUGGCCACCAAGGGUACGUUACAGAAGUUUGUGGACGACCUGUUUGAGACGAUCUUCAGCACGGCGCACCGCGGCAGCGCCCUUCCCCUGGCCAUCAAGUACAUGUUCGACUUCCUUGACGAACAGGCCGACAAACACCAGAUCACCGACUCAGACGUCAGACACACCUGGAAGAGCAACUGUUUACCCCUCCGUUUCUGGGUGAACGUCAUCAAGAACCCCCAGUUCGUCUUCGACAUCCACAAGAACAGCAUCACGGACGCCUGCCUGUCGGUGGUGGCCCAGACCUUCAUGGACUCCUGCUCCACCUCCGAACACAAGCUGGGCAAGGACUCGCCCUCCAACAAGCUGCUCUAUGCCAAGGACAUUCCCAACUACAAGAACUGGGUGGAGAGGUACUACUCAGACAUCGCCCGCAUGCCUGCCAUCAGCGAUCAGGACAUGAGUGCGUACCUGGCCGAGCAGUCGCGUCUGCACCUGAGCCAGUUCAACAGCAUGAGCGCUCUCCAUGAGAUCUACUCCUACAUCGUCAAGUACAAAGAUGAGAUUCUGUCUGCACUACAGAAAGACGACCAGGCUCGGCGUCAGAGACUGCGGAGUAAGCUGGAGCAGGUCAUCGACACCAUGGCACUGGCCAGCUGAGGACCGCCCCAACGCUCCCUCCCUCGCUCCUCUCCUCCGCUCCGUCCCUCGCUCCUCUCCUCUCCUCUCCUCCGUCCCUCCCUCCCUCCCUCGCUCACGCGCUUACCUGCUCACUCGGCCAGCACUGGAACUGGAACUGGAGAACACCUCCCACCUCCGUAACGUUCUAGAAUCCCCCCCCACCUCCCUAACGUUCUAGAACCACCCCCAACCUCCAUAAAAUCCCACUUCCCACCUCCGCAAAAUCCUACUUAUCCCACUGUUCUUCUUUCCUUCAAAACGAAAAAAAAAAUGAACAGAACAAAAACAGGAAGCUAAACGACUGCAUCAGAGGACAUAAGCAGUACACUGGAAAUAAACCCCCAUUGCAAAAGUUCCCCGCAAGGGUGGGCAGUACAGUACUACCAGAGAUUAUUUAAGUAUAGAGAUAUGCCAACAUAAUAGGUUUCUGUGGGCACCUAACGUGACCAGAUUCCGGUCUGCCUAAAAGGGAGCGUCGUAAUGCUCCUAUGAAUAGAACAGUCCUUACGUCUGCCUAAAGGGGGAUCCCCCCCCCCUCCCCCUUGCGACCGUAGAACCCGGGAACAAUGGGCCAGCGGAACCUCUCUCUUAUCUACUCUCUCUGGUACUACCACACCCAUCACUCGUCAUUCCUACGCUCCCUACAACUCCCAGCAACAACAGCCUAAGAUGUUUUUCAAGACUUUUUAAGUUGGCGGUAAUUCUUCGUGUUGGUUUGCUUGACAUGAUUUUUUUUGUUGUUGUUGUGAUUUUUGUUUUUGUGAUUAUGUUUUAUUUUUCCAAGUCAUCCAUUGGCAGUUGGUGGACUGCAGUUGUUUGAAGGCGAGGAGUGAUCAAGCUGAAGCAGAAUGUGUUAGAACUACAGGGAGCAUCCACAACAGGCCUGCUGACAUGGAGAGACAAAUGGGUCUGUUGUCCAGGGCCCAGCUCAGUGGAACGAGGGCCCCCUCCAGAAUUGGGACCCCAUUACAUUGUACUGUAUGUGUUGAUAGGGGGGGCCCUUCCAGAUGCUUUUAUCCCGGGCCUAGUGAAAGCUGUCAGUGGACCUGAGUAUCCAAUAUGAGCGUCUGGACUCUCUCUCUCUCUCACGCUCUCACAUGUGGGUGGAUGCUACUCCUCUAUAGCGCUUCGUUUAUGAAAAACAACAACAAAAUGGAUUUAUGUUGAAGAUUGGUUGUUCUUCUGUUAUUUUUAAACGCCCACUCUCUCCAGUCUCCUGCCACAAGUGUUACUGCUGAAUUUGCACAAAUAACAGGAACGAAAAAGAUUAAAUAUAUAAAUAUAAAUAUAUAGAUAUAGAUAUAUAAUGCUACAGCAUUUUUUUAAAGAUACGAUGAAGAAAAAAAAGUUUUCCAUUUUAUCGAGAAAACAAAAAAAAAUGGAUUUGAUAUUUCAAAGACUUCAGUAAUGAAAACGAAAAAAAAAAGAGAAAAGGUGUCCUGUGCCAUGUUUUCUUUGAAUGUUGUUUAGUGCAAAACUUUUUUUCUUUAGACUAAAAAAGAAAGUGUGCUAUUAUUUAAUUGUUGACUUGCCCAGUGACUGAGAAGUAGGAAGUUGAGAUUCUGUCUACAGUGAUCUGCAGCAUUUGAAAGAUGUGAGGUCUUCAGGUGAAUGAGGUCUAAAGCCUGGCUCAAACUACGCGACUAUCGGCCCGAUUCUCGGCUGAAAACCCCCCUUACGACAAUUGCUGGAACGUAACCCCCCAGGACCAUCGCGAGCGAUUGUCGGGGAAGAUUUCCUCGUUGGGUGCGACGUUCUAAGAUAGAACUUUAGCAACUCAAAGAGUCGCCGAUCGCAAGUCGUAGAAAUCAAACACUGAUUGAUGUUUGCGACUGGAAAUAGAACGUCGGGCAUUGUCUCUGUGGCUGCGAGCAGCGAUAAGAUUGACAGUUGCGAUUCUCUUCUAGUGUGCGUUGCACCCCGACGUCAAAAUCGGACACAUAAUCGCUAGUCGUGUAGUUUGAGCCUGGCUUAAGGCUGCCGUAAGCUUUUGGAUUUUGGUAAAAGGAGCACUGCCCUUGUUUGGGAUUCAAGUCGGCCUGUUUUCCAAUCCCCUUAGGGCGAGUUUUACUAUUGAAUCCAUUCAGCCAAACUCAGGAUUCGGAAAAAUAGAAAUUUAGCUAUUAGCUUAGCGUAAAUAAUUGAAUCGUAUUGCACCCGUUAGCAUGGUAUUGGUAUAAUCCGAUUUGAAGACAUCGGCUGAAUGGUGGUGUUAUGUUUAAAAGUACACGCUUGCGGACCUUCAGUGCUUCUGUGGUUUCACUGUCAAUCAUCUCAUCUUUAGCAAAUGGUUUUAUUGUUAUUUGUCCUAUGGCCAUUGGUCGCAAUGAUGAAGGAAAAAAGUGUAAUUUGUACGACCAUAUUGUCAGAUUUUGCCGACUGGGACUCCAUGGGUAUUUCUCAAAGUGAAGUGUCGUAGCCUUGCUAGGACGAGCAAUGCCCACUUUUCGUGGACUUCACCAAAGACUAUCCAAUAACUUGUUCUAAGUGUAACUAAUAAUUGCAUACUCCUUGGUGAAAUCCACGAAAAAUGGUUGUUACUCGUCCUAGCCAGGCACUUUGAGAAAUACCGCAUUUUUGUUUUGGGCUUUGUGUAGCCUACUAAAGGACAACAAGACUCCAUAUUUGUUUUGGGCUGUGUGUAGCCUCCUUACCUCCACAUUCCCACUGUGGUCGUCCAGGUCCACGGGGUCAUAUGAAGGUCAAGCCCCUCACAUGAAGAGGGGAGAAUGUGUACAAGUUUUCAAUGGCAUUAGGGUCUCUAAUUCAAGGGGACGGGAAUCAUAGUUCCGUUGCAUGGUAACAUGUAGCAGAGAUGUGAAUUUAUUCUAUUUGUAUUCUUCCUUCUCUCUCUCUCUCUCUCGCUCUCUCUCUCCUUCCUUUCACCCCUCCUCUCUCUCACUUUCUCUCUCCUGCCUUCUCUUGGUUCCUCUUCCUCCUCCGUUUCUUCCUUCCUUCCUUUGUCUGUCCAUAUCAAGUGAUCUUCUUCCCUCAGAGGAUGUACCACUCUUUUGAUUUGCUUCCACACCUUCCACUGAUCCGUCCCAACAAUAUAUAAAUAAUAAAUAUAUAAAAACAUUGUUUUUUUCUACCAGGUGUGGCUGUGGCUGAGGCUGCACUGCCUGAGGGUGGUGCAGUGAGAGUGCAGUCUGUCAGCACAUUACUGCUGCAGUUUAGCUUCGAGAGCACAUUGUGGUACAGAACUCGAGCGAGCCUGUUCAAUUUCCAUUUCUUUUUUCUAACCAACCCCAUGUCUUGGUGUGUGGAGGGAAAGGAAAGGAUAUCCUUCCUCAUACAAGAUUAUUAAAUGUAGUUUUUUGGAUCAUCAUACGUUGUGAACGCUUAUUGAAUAGUUGUCUUGGGUCAGUUUUUUGUACUUUGAUCUGUGGUCAGCUAUAUGAAUAUAAUAAUUAUUAUUUUUAUUUGAUUAUUCUUUUCUGUGAGUAUUUUUUCUCCCCCGUUUCCCCCCCAUCAGUGGCAACAACACAGAACAUUGCUUAUAUCAAAAAAAUAUUCUUUCAUACGGUGGAAUGAAAGAAUGAUGGCUAUCUGUUAUUAUUUUGUGAUCUAUGAUGUGUGAAAAAAAAUAGAAAAUGUAAACAUCAGUGAUGUGUUAACAAGCAAGUGAAAUUUACUUUGGCUUUGUCAAAGAGUUUGAUUUUUUUUUUCUUCUUCUUCUUCCUUUUCUUAUUCCUCUGAAAAUGUUGUACCUUUGUGAAGCUAUCUGUGUUGCUCUAGAACCCUUUCAAGUGUUGCACCAUGGCAACCACAGUUCCCUCACAGUCAAACCUGUUCAAGCAACAGAAUAAAACUACAUUCCUUUUACCCUCUCCAUUGAGAUUAAAGAAGGAAUCGAGACUUUGGGGGAUGGGAGGGAGGGCCCACACUGAAAUAUUUAGGUCAGAAGUAUGAUGAAAGAAUCUCUCAAGUCUCUCAAAGUGUAGAUAUCAAGUUUUUAUCUUUCUUUUUUUCCUCUUUUCCCCUCAAGUUAUCCACUGCUAAACAUCAGGGGUUAGAUGAGGUGGACGGCUUUUAAUGAAGAACUUUUUUUUUAUUGUUUAAUUAUUUAUCUUUAGUAUUUAAGUAUACACUAGUAUGGUCUCUCUCUCUCUACAGAUAAAGUUGGGAGCAGGUCUCCAUUGCCACAGAGCUAGGACAUGCACUCUGGGUGGCAUUAAGCUUGCAUUGUUUUUGCUCUUCAGGAACAUGUUUCUUUUUGUUUUAUUAUUGAAAGGAAGUCCUCCUCCUCCAUAUCUGCGAUAUACUGUGAUAUCUUCUACCUGAAUUGAAAAUCAAGGGUUCUUCCAAGGACGUUCCUAACAGUGCAUGUCUAAGUGGUAUCCUUGCACUUCAGUCUCCCCCGUCUCCCCACCACACACACACACAAACACUAACUUAUUCACACAGAAUAAGGAAGAAGUCUGCAGUAUCGAUCCAACUUGGUCCAAAAAACAAAAACCCUACGCCUUCAUUCAGAAUGUUGUUCCAUGCCACUGUGCUUCACCGUAACACAACACAACACAGUGGUUCAAAUCCCCCUCGCAUCCCCAUCCCCAUCCCCACCUCCA